AACAGGUCAAUAAACAUACGUAAAUAGAUACACCAUAUGAAGUAUAGUCCAUGCUACUGUAGGACUAUUAUUUAACUUAGUUGACAUAUUAAUAAAAGGCGACGAACUCGAUGAAAUAAGACACGACUAACUGAUUGGUAUCAAAGUUUGAACAUUUACCAGUAUUUGUAGUGCGACAAUCGGAAAUUUAAAUAAAAUAAUACUAUAAUUACGAGAUGUUUGUACGAAUAAUUCCCUUUUACCUGCAUGUACUAUUUUAAUGACUUAUGAGAGUAGUGUUUACUUUUCGGUUAGUUGGUUUAAAUGAAAGUUUAAUUGACUAGAAGCGAAAGUAUUGAAGAUCGUUUUCCAAACACUGGUUUGCAGUGAGUGUUUGACGGUGUUUUAUAACACGUCCACUGUAUGGAUUGGACGUCUUACAUCUAAAUAGUGGAAAGACACUGUACGGGUGGAGAUAACAGAAACGGGUGUAUUUACCCAAAGAUUUAAAUAUACUUGACUGCUUGGUGGGAAAAUUGUCAUAUAUGUGAAUUUAUGAGGAUACAUACUAAUAAUUAUUAAUAUUUUGAAGGAUAUCAGGAUGUACGAUAGGACAAAUUGAUUUACGUUUUAAAUAAUUCCAAAGGUAUAUUACACUCAUAACUAAAUAAAGAAAAUGUGGGUCAUUGAUACAUUUUUACAGAUCCACUAUUGAUUGACGAACUAUAACUGAAAUCCUUGGAGAAAAUAAUAUGUGCGGUUGAUUUGUUAUAUGGACAAUAAUACACAAUGAGCACGGAUGCGGUCAAUACAAUUGAAAAAGCUUUAAAUGAUCUGGACACUAGUAAAACUUUGCAUGUCCUAGAUAAGUUUGUGCCACGAGGUUCACAGGAAUUUCGGGAAGCUUUAUUUGAAUGUCAACACGACGACGAAGAUGUUUUACCGCCAAGGGAAAGAAGCAAUACUAUCGAUACAACGUACAAAAAACCACACAUGAACGUACAUUUUGCUUCUAAUUUAGUGACAUCUAGUGGCAAAAAGACUAGGUCAAGAGAGGAUCUACAUUCGCAUUUACAUCCGGAAGGAAUAUUACGCCAUCCAAGGGAGAGAAGUAACACGUGCGACGGAACAAUACAAAGACCACGUAAAGCUGUAAGUGUGAAAUCUCCACUGUGCAAUGAAAAGGACGAUGAUAACGAAUCUGCUGUUGAAAAAUUAUUAAGAAAAUCUCCAGACGCAAGAAAAAUAGACUUAAAUGGUCUCCUUAAAGCAGACCCUAGAACUAGUGAUUCAAAGCAGCAGAAUGGUCUUUCGCCACUUCGACGGAAUAAAAGUGAGUCUGCUGCGCACUCUAAUUUUAAAACGUCUCCGAAGGUAUCACCAAAAACAUCAAGGAAGUCCUGAGAAGACUUUUCAGUUUUAUCGCUCAGCAAUGUCAAAUGAUCUGUCAGCCAUAGCAAUAGCCUUACGGAUUUUAUACAAAUGUGAUGUUUAUCUAGCAUGAAUCAAAUGUAAUAUUUAUCUUGCACGAAUCAAAUGUGAUAUUUUUAUGCCCCACCUACGAUAGUAGAUGGGCAUUAUGUUUUCUGGUCUGUGGCUCCGUUCGUUCGUCUGUUCGUCCGUCUGUGCGUCCGUUCGUUCAGGUUAAAGUCUUUGGUCAAGGUAGUUUUUGAUGAAGCUGAAGUCCAAUCAACUUGAAACUAAGUACACUUGUUGCUUAUGAUAUGAUCUUUCUAAUUCUAAAGUCAAAUUAGACUUUUGACUUCAAUUUCACGGUCCACUAAACAUAGAAAAGUGGAAAGUGGAAGUUUCAGGUUAAAAGUUUUUGGUCAAGGUAGUUUUUGAUGAAAUUGAAGUCCAAUCAAUUUGAAACUUAAUACAUAUGUUCCCUUUAGUAUAAUCUUUUUGAUUUUAAUGCCAAAUUAGAUUAUUACCCAAUUUCACGGUCCAUGGAACAUGCAAAAGGAUAGUGCGAGUGGGGCAUCCGUGUACUUUGGACACAUUCUUGUUCAUGCAUGAAUCAAAUGAAGGAUUUGUCUAUCAUGAAUUUUAUGAAUGAAAAUAAGCGAUUACGAAUAAAAGAAAUUAUUUUU